AUGGACGCAGUAACGAGGAGGCUCAUGAAGGAGCUCAAGGACUUUCAAAAGUCGGGCGGUGAAGGGAUACUGGCUCUUGCGCCCGUGAAUGACCAUGAUAUGCUCAUGUGGAGAGCAACGAUUUCUGGUCAGGAAGGUUCUUCUUAUGACGGUGGAAUCUUUCAUUUAAUGAUUGAAGUCCCCAAACAAUACCCCAUUCACCCUCCAAAGAUACAUUUCAUAACGACCGUUUGUCAUCCAAACAUUCACUUGAAGACUGGUGAAAUCUGUCUGGAUUUACUCAAAUCCGCGUGGUCGCCUGCGUGGACGUUACAGGCUGCUUGUUUAGCUAUAAGGGUGCUCUUACUCCACCCAGAACCUAACUCACCACUGAAUUGUGAUGCCGCCAACCUGCUACGGUGUAACGAUGACAGAGGAUAUGACUCUCUCGUCAAGAUGUAUACAUCCUUAUACGCUGCUGAUAAUCAGAAGCUGAGGGGGAGUUGA